AUGAGCCUGGCAAAUCCCGAAGACGCAGCCUCUGUGCUGGAGCAGUUCGUGCAUGACGUCGCCAACAUUCCCGCCGAGGUCACCCAUCUCAUGGAAGAGAUCCAGGCCAAGGAUCUCCAAAUUGCCGCCUUCGAAGACGAAAUCAACAAACGAGACGCCCAGCUGCAGAAGUGGGUCCGUGUGAAUGGGGGCCAUGUGCAGAAUCCAAAGGAGGAAGCAUUCUCCAAAACUAUCAACGACUGCUACGACAAGUGCGAAGUUCUCCAGGCUGCAAAAUGUGGCCUCGCCGAGAAAGCCCUUCUGGUUCUCGAACGACAGCUCAAGCGAUUCGACCUUGGUAUCCGUGGCUUGACACAAACCGAACAAUUUCCCGCUGACUGGCCUGGUCCUAGUAUGCUCACCAGCAGUGGCGCUGCAACCGCCGUGAGCACGCCCAUAGCUGCUGGAGGGAGUGGCGUAACUCCCGGCAUGCCUCUCCAGGUCGUGAGUGGUAACAUUGGCUCGACUGGCGGGGCUCCCAACAUCGCGAAUGCAGCCCAAAUACGUCUCGCACAGCAAGCCGCAGGUGGAACGAGUCGAAGUGCGUCAGCUGGUGGACAGACCCCAAAUGCACCUGCUCGGAGUCAGCGUGAAGGCAGUAUCGAUGCAAGUAGAAGGAAGAAGUUCAACCAGUCCCUGUCAAAUCUCCCCGCAGGUCCAAGUAGGCUUCGCCAGUCAUCACUCGGUCCGGGGACACCCAAAGCUGGUACUCCAGGCCCAGGCACCUCGUCCCGCGCUGGAUCUGCGCAGCCUUCUAGGCCUGGUGGCGUCCAAAAGAGUCAACCUGUUGCUGUAAACCGCAAAGCCCCGCCCGCGUCCAAGAAGAGUGGUCAUCGAGCACGACCACCAAACAAGAAGGACCGUCGACGUCAACUCGCCCGUGAUAGAGCUACGCCCAGUACCAACGCCUCGCUAUCUGGUUCGGAUGAUGAUGACUCUGCAUCACCGACUCCAUCCUCCCUUCCCCGUAGUCAACAAGAUGGUUCUGGUGACCGCGCCGAUGACGAAGACGGCGAUGACGAGAACCUUUACUGCAUCUGCCAGAAGGUCAGCUACGGUGAGAUGGUUGGCUGCGACAAUGACGACUGCGAACUUCAAUGGUUCCAUUACAAGUGUGUGGGAGUUACGGAGGAGCCGAAGGGAGAGUGGCUCUGUCCAAACUGUCGAACCUUGCCCAAAAACAAGCUGAAGAUUUCGAAGAACUAG